AUGAUUGAACGGUUGCAAACGGCGUAUGAGGAUACACUUGAUUUUCUUUUAACGAUUCAAGCAGAGCUUGAGGCUGCGGAACCGCCUACUUUACCGACCGGGCCACCGAUUACCAGCUCCUCACUAACGCUCGAGCAUUGCGCGGCUAAAUUACCAAAAUUAGACUUGCCUACGUUUUCCGGUCAAUACGAGGAUUGGGAAAACUUUUGCGACUUAUUCACCACGCUCGUACACAAUGCCCCUGGUUUAGCUGAUGCGACCAAGCUACAGUACUUGAAAACUUGUUUGAAGGGUGCCUCGGCGGAUUUAGUUAAGGACGUAACAACUACGAAUGCACAUUAUGCGACGACGUGGCAGGCUCUAAAGGCGCGUUUCCACAAUCCUCGAUUAAUUGUUUACAAGCAUUUAAGUGCCCUUAUGGAUAUGCCAUUCUUGAAAAAAGAAUCCGCGACAGAACUACGUUCAUUUGCUAAUGAAGCUCAGCGCAUAGUUCGCGCUUUAUCGAAUUUACAAAUACCGGUAGAUCGUUGGGACGUGUGGUUUCUUUAUAUUUUAGCGGCGCGUUUGGACUCCGAUUCCCAAAAAGUGUGGGAGACGGAGUUGAGUGUGCGGGAUCGUCCCAUGGUUUUAGAUAACGUGUCGGAUUUAGGGAACCGUGUUCAGGCCCUCAGCAUGAUUGCUUCUAACACUAGUAAAACGGAGAAAAAGCCUUCUGCUUUACCUAGGCCGGUACCGGGCUCGCAAAGGGUACUUCAUACUGCUUCCCAGCAUGCUGUGGAUGGAAGAUCGAAGUGUCCCAUGUGUCAUGGAGUGUGUUACUUCCCCGUGAAUGUUCAUAAGGAGCCAAACGAUUCAAGUGAACCACCUUAG